CACACACACAGUGUUGUUGUUGCUGCAGGGGUCGGUCGGGGAGGUGAUGUCGGGCUCCUCGUGACUGAAGGUAAGACUGACUCACACAAACACACUCAGAAAGCAGAAGGACGUGGCUGGUGUAGAAACAGCUCCUGUGAUCUUCACGUGACGCUCGGGAUGUUCCUCUCGAGUGCUUUAGGGUUAAAGGGAAGCUUUACUCUGUUUGAGAAGUAAACCUCUAACAGUUUCCUCUACUCUCUUCAGCAGAUUGAGUAAAUUACUCUCAAACUGGUCUUGCGUUCUAAUUUCAAGGAACAUUUCACCCCAAAAUGAUCAUUCUGUCAUCAUCUGAGCGAUUCUUUUAUUGCAGAUAUAUUUGGCAUUUCAGACAGUUAAGAAAAACAAGUUCACUAACAGACGUUCUUUCCAGUAUAUUAUUGAAAACCUAUUUUAAUAAUUGAAUGCAUGCCAAACACAAGUUACUUCCUAUUUUCACUCAUAAUAAAAAACGUUUGUCAGCCCUGUUACAGACAAAUUAGGCAGCAUGCAGCAAUAAUAAUAAAUCAUAACAGGAAAGUCCUUCUUGUUUCAUUAGACAAACAGUCCUUUAUAACACUUGAAACUGAGAUAAUAUUUCACCUGUGCAUGCUUUAAAUAAGAAAAGCCCCUCAGAACCAUCCACAUGGAACACAUAUCCUCUAAAAAAAAAUUUUUGUCAAAAUAUUUCCUAAACAGAGUUGAAGUAAGAGAAUUAUUGAGAUUCUCCUCUGUUAUCAGCACUGGUAGUCUGGUGGUAACAGGGUCAGACUAAAGAACAUGGCACUGAUGGCAUCAUGGGUAAAAUACUACAAAUACAGUGCCUCAUCAGUCAUAAAUCCUGCUUUAUUUGUCGUAUCGUGAUAACAUUUUUGACAUUUUAUAAAAUAACUGUUGGUGUAAGAACUUUUUAUUUUAGAAUAUUUUCUCAGAGAGAGCACGCACUUUUCAUUGAUUCAGAUCUGUGAGGGACAGUGACAUCACUUCCUGUAUAUUAGAUGUGAGAUACAUUUUUAGGCAAAGAAUGCUGCGAUAAAAGAGUUGAUACAAGAUUUAUGGACACCAUUUUUAUAAGAAAAAGGUUAUUUUUAAACUAUUUAAAGCUUUUAGGAAUAAAAUGCAUGAAAUACUGCUAAAAGUACAAAUAAAAAAAUAUUGUAAAAAUACAAUAAAUUAUUUUGAUUGAAAAUACACCAGUUAGGACAGCAAAAAUUAUGAUUUUUAUUAUUGUAAUUCACUACAGGUAACAAAUGAUUAAAAUAAUUAAAAAUACAGCCAUUAACUGAAAAAAUGGACUGAAUGUAUCUGUCAUUUGUAGAAUUACCUGUUUACUCUUCGUCAUUUUAUUCAAACCAACGCAGGAUGUCAUUUUAUUACAUUUUAUUAAAUGGAGAUUAUAAGACUUGAUAUUAGUUAGACAUCAACUCUUCAAAUUAGUAAAUUCUAAGUUUCUAUAAUAUAAUACCUUUCUUAUUCAGAACACAAAAGAAAUUUGGUGAACUUUCCCUUUAAGGAAAUCUCUUCCAGGAACCACAUUUUCUAACUCCAGCAUCAACCAAUAAGAUUCUUUAUUAUCCUCUAUUACUCACAGCCAGUAUUUCCACAUCAAUAACCUUAGUGCACUAUUUCAGUGCAAGAAAUGUCUCAAGAAAAAUCAUCAUUCAUAAUGCACAGUGUUUUCUUUCUGUAGAUUAUUAUGAAUGUGAUGUUUAUCAUUUGAAUGGUGUGAGAAUAAUGAAAAUGUAAUGAGAAUAUAAAUAACCCUGGUGACUAAUGAGAUCUGAAAGCUAUAAAUGAAUGAAACAUUUUGAGUCUGCAUCUACAACUAAAAGUAUUAUAAGGUUCACUGAAGGGUGCUGGGGUUCAGCGCUGAUGGAGAAAGUUGUGUGAGCGUGAGAAACAGCGUUCAGGUUAAAUGUCUGAAACUCCAUCUCCUUCAGCAUUAAACAUUAAUCACUCAAAUUUGUAGGAUCUUUAAUGAUUCAUGUGCUGGAAAAUCCUUAACAUGACGUCCAUCUUCAGGAAACUCCUUAGUAUUUAGACAUGAAGCACAUGAACAAACAACACCACUGAGACACACACACACACACACACACACACACAUUAAGAAUAUUUCAAUACAACACCACUUCCUCAAACACACACAUCCUUUCAGCCAUUGUGGACUGAUAGCUAUGUCAUCUUUGUGUGUGCGUGCGUGUGUGUGUGUGUGUGUGUCAGAUGUCUCGGCGUUGCUCCCGUGUGAUGUAUCAUGAUGUGAUUGGAAAGGCGGCAGUGAAGGGGCGGUGCUACCACGGCCUGUCAAUCACAAGGAGUGUCCAGGACAACCAGUUCUGUGCUGUUAAUCCACGCUUCAUUGCUGUGGUGACCGAGUGCACAGGAGGCGGAGCCUUCAUUGUCAUUUCCGUCCGUCAUACAGGUCGUGUGAAUCCUCUGCAGCCGAGGGUCUGUGGUCACAGCGCUCCGGUGCUGGACGUUAAGUGGGACCCGUUUAAUGACCUGCGCAUCGCAUCCUGUUCAGAGGACUGUACGGUGAAGGUGUGGGACAUUCCUCCAAACGGACUGAAGGAUGAUCUGAUGGUGCCCAGUAAAGAUCUGAGCGCUCACAGCCGAAGAGUGUCAAUCAUCGAGUGGCAUCCAACCGCCAGAGACCUGCUGCUGAGCUCCGCCUACGACUGCAGCGUGCUGGUAUGGCGUCUGGACUCUGAGGUGCCGGUGUGUGUGAUAAACUCACACUCUGAGUUGGUGCUGUGUUUGAGUUUUAAUGCAGAUGGAAGUCUGUUGGCCACGGCCUGCAGAGAUAAUAAAAUCCGAAUCAUCGAGCCACGCACUGGACGAGUCCUGCAGGAGGCUCUCUGUCGCUCUCAUAAAGUGUCCAGGAUCCUGUUCCUGUGGGAUCUGAAGAUGUUGCUGUCCACAGGAAGCUCCUGCUGGAACCAGAGACAGUUUGUCCUGUGGGAUGUGGAGGAUCUGUCUGAGCCGUUACUGGAGGAGGAUCUGGACGGAGGUUUUGGAGUCAUUUUCCCGUUUUAUGAUGCAGACACACACAUGCUGUAUCUGGCUGGGAAGGGCGAUGGCAACAUUCGCUAUUACACGGUCAGUGCGGUGAAACCCUACGUUCACUUCCUGUCUGAACAGCGCUCGCCGUGUCCUCAGAGAGGCUUGGGUGUGAUGCCCAAGCGUGGCCUGAACACCAGCGCCUGCGAGAUCUUCAGAUUCUACCGUCUGGUGACCGUCAGGGACCUGCUGGAACCGCUGAGCUUCUGUGUGCCCCGGUCUGAGGGUUUUCAUGAGGAUAUUUAUCCCAUGACCGCAGCCAAUGAGCCCGCCAUGACCGCAGACGAGUGGCUGAUGGGACACAAUAAAGGACCUCUGCUGAUGUCUCUGAGACCCACAGACGAGGCUCUCGACCCCUGCCCGAGUGAACCAGAGACGCCAGCCAAUCAGGACGCAGAACAUCAGAACCCUGACAUCAUCGCUGACCUGCAGGACUGGACGGAGGACGACACGCAGAGCCACGACUGGACCUCGUCCCGCUUCAGUCUGAGCCACAGCGGGGGUCAGGGGUCAGAGGUCAUGAUGCUGUGAUGAUGUUUCUCAGCAGCAGACGUCACCAUAAGCGGUGUUUGCAUUAUGCACACUUUGAAGUAUCGCAUCAGAAAACGGUGAUUGGGACGCACAAAAAAAAAGACGUGAUUAACCAGCUGACCGAUAUCAUUCCAGCAUCUGUUUCUGUAUAAAAGUCUUACUCAACACCAAAAACAUGAAGCCGCACAUCGUUACACGAUAUCUUGUGUUUAUUAAUCAAAGAUCUUGCAUUUCUCCUCACAGAUUAGGCUUUAUAUUAAGAAACAUGCAUUGUGCACAGGUAGUACUCCAAAUCUGAAUUAUCAGUACAUCUUGCAUUUAUGCCAGUAAAUAUGUUAGAUUUGAGCUUUACUUCGUAUGAGAUAAAUGCAUUUUUAAUAUAUAUAUUGGAGUGUGUGAGUGUGUGUGUGUGUGUGUGUGUGUGUGUGUGUGUGUGUGAGCUCUAACUCUAAUGAGAGCAGUGAAGUCCACACCACAGUUAUGAUGAUAUUGAGACAGGGGAACAAUAUCUUAGAAAUCUCUUGAGAACAAUACAAUUAAUACAUCACAGAGAGAUAAAGGAGGAAAAAAGUCUCAAACAGUGGAAUAAAAUAUUUUACUUUCACUUUCAGGAUUGUCACCCUUCAAAUGCCAGUUUAAAGAAGUCCACUGUUUAAUUAAAAAAAUCAUAAUAAUAAAAUGUAAAAAAUUCUAUAAAAUAAAACAUAACUUUUAUUUAAAAACAUAUAUCAUUUAAUUUUUGUAGGUUUUCCUUGUGUCAAAGAAUAAAUGAAGAAAGCAUGAUUUGAUGCUGAAACGGCUCUGGGAUUAUUAGAAAUAUUAAAUAUUGCUGUUUUAAUGUAUCCUGAGUGUCUGUUUUGUUUUGUACUAUUUGUAAAAUAGAUUUAUCAAAAAAGAGGAAAUGAGGUUGUAAUAUUCAAAUGACAAAAAUGCACAUUUUUGGGGAAAGAUUAUGGCGUUUGCAUUAAACAAAAAACAGAAACAGGCAAGCAGCCUUGAUAUUUGAAAAAGUUUAUUAAAAGCGUCCCGUCCUGUAAGGAAACAGUCCUGAUUACAGUACAGACAUCUACCUCCGGGUCUGAACACACCAGCUCGUCACUGAUUGGUCGAUUGUGUGUCGCAGGAUUUGAUUGGCUGCUUUCUACAGCUUCUGAUUGAUUGUAAACUCGCAGAGAUUGGCGUCUCACAGUGUCACAUCCAAAGAAUAGAAUUGCAAUAGAAUUUCUCCGGACAUGCUACCGUUCUGUCUAGCGAUGCAUAAGGUCUUAGUUGUGUGGAAGACUAGCGGAGGACAGCUGCAGUGCAUUCUGGGUAGUGUCUUUGAUAUGACUUCUCCUGCUGUUUGGUUUAAAGGUGGCAGUGCCAAUCUAGGCUUGACCUUUGACCCUGAUACCCUGAGGAGGACUGUAAACUCUUCAUCAUCUUCUUCAUCAUCAGCAAGUGUUUAGAGGUACGGCUCAUCUCAGAUUAAAGGGUUUCCCAUGAGCCUUUGCAGCGUCAGAGAGUUUCUGAGGAAAUCUGUACUGUUCUGGGAACUUCCUGUUGCUUUUUAAAGCAUCUUAGUGGUUUGUCACAGUUUCAGACGGUGUGUGUGUGUGUGUGUGUGUGUGUGUUUCUCUCGUUAGCGUUCAGUGCAUUUACUUCUCACAGCUGCCCACAGUUUCUUUCCUGUGGUGACGUAUUUCCUAUCGAAACAGGAAGUUGGAACGCAUCAAAGCGCUCGUCCUGCUGAAGGUCAUGUGACUUUUACAUACAGGAUGUAGUCUGGCCUUGCUAACAGCUAGCAUGUGUUCAUUCACGUGUGCAGAGAAAACCACUUUCACCCCAAAAUCAGAAGACGAGAGAAAUCAAUCAGAUUGGGCGUGAAGAAAAACAUCUACAACUCUAAUCAGCCACACUACUGUAUAAAUACUACAAAAAUAAAAAUACAAAACAGUAUAAAAAAAUACUACUGUGGCAUAUCACUGUGUUUGUCAUGCUACGGUGAGGUGGAUAUGGACUAGAUGUGUUUUAGGACGGUAACAGAUCCACAAUGCAAAACAUAACAAAACAUUAAUAUUGUUUUUUAUGGAAAAUAUAACGUCUGUGUUUCUUGUGAUUGUGGGGUGGAAUAUGAAUAUACUUGGUCAUAAGUUUACACGCCCUGCACUGACUCUGAGAGAUCAUAGAAACGUCAUGUAUUUAGUGCUGCCCUGAAAAAUCAGCUUUUUAUACAGAACACUCUGCUGAAAAACACACUACACACCAUCACAAAAAGUGUAAUGUUUUACUGCUUCUGUGGGACUUUUACUGGAACCGGCUGGAUGGUACCUGGGACCUGCUCUGGGUUUAAUGGCUAGUCGAUGGUUUCUAAUGUUUGUUAUUUGUAGUGUAAUGGUAAUACACUUUUUUCUUAAAUGACAAUACAGCUGACACAUAUUACCCUGUUUGUGAGUUUAUAUAUAUAUAUAUGUUCAGAGAUAGCUUCUGUCUGCAGCUUUGUGCUUCAGUCCCUGUUUGAUUCUCAGAGAAACUGAACAUUCAACUUGAUUGAGACUAAAUGUAACUUAACGUUAAAUAAUGAAGUUUAAAGAAUGUGUUACCGUUCGACCUAAAGAGCUGUUUUAAACUUGAUAAUCAUAUGAUCCAAGAAAAAAAAAUAGUCUUACAGUUUUAGUUUAUGUCGUACAGUUCUGAGCAAAAAGUCUGAAUUAUGAGGAAAAAAAAUUCACAAUUACCUUUUUAAUUUUUAAGUCGUGGAAACUGCCUUUUUUGUCUUGUUAUAAAUAUUUACAUGUUUUUGGAUUAAGAUGCAUUUACUUGACAAGAAAAAUGUUUUAGAUAUUAUGUGCUGUUUUCUGAAAAAAUGCUUGUUUAAUUUAGCUAUUUUUAGAAAACAAGACAAAAGUAAAGGCCAAUUCCAGAAUAUGUUGAUAUUUAUUCUAGAAAACAAGAAAAAUCCAUGUUUGCGGUGAGUUCCGUCUGGACCCUAAAAACAGCACGACAUGUUCAUCACCUCUUCUGAUUGUGCUACAAUAAUUCAUAUUUUUACAGACUCAGUGAAGGGCAUGUAAACUUAUGACAACUGUACAUCACAGCGAUCUGAGCAGGCUGAAGUGUGUGUGUGUGUGUGUGUGUGUGUGUGUGUGUGUGUGAGAGAGACUGUGUGUGUGAGUGUGUGUGUGUGUUUGUGAGAGAGUGUCUGUGUGUGUGUGUGUGUGU